CUGAAAUAUUUAGCUAGAAUUAAGCGCUGGCUGGAGAAGUGUCUCGUUCUCCACCUGGUCUCUGAAGAAUUCAGUGUUUGGGUCAGGACCUCUGGUCGUCCCGUACUUCCGCCAGUUGCGCAGUUGGAUUAUGUACUUGUAAGUGAGGAAUAGUGUGAGUAGGAGAUAGGAAGCGGGGAAGAUCGUUAUGCUUACUGUGUUUACAACGUUUGCUUCGUGGAAUGUGUUUGAUUGAGAGUCUUCUUGGGAAAUUAUAUUGUCUCCUUUUAUAGAACAUAGAAUGCUUAGGCAAAGUAAGGUGAGAAUUACUUGGUUUAUGAUGGUAAUAACAUACAAGUAGUGAUCUUCUGUAGGAUUAUAAAAGUAAACAUAAAUCAGCCAAAUGAUUUCCACCAUCAUCAUUCAAAAGGAACUUAAUCUCAAUAAAAAGAUAAAACAAGAAAUGGUUUGGGUGAUUAGUUCUGAGUCCCCUCACCAUUGGGUUCUCUCUAAGCACAAGAAUAUUAUCUGUUGCGACUGCUUUCAAGAACUUCAAUAUAAUUCUACCCCAAACACAGAAGUACACAAACAUAAUUAUUCCCAUCAGCAGGUAUUCAAGAAUCAUCAUAGAGGUUAAAUCAAAAGGCUUCAUAGUGCCGGCUUUAUCAUCAUGUCUGAGUUUUCUACCAAGUAGCCACCUGAGGUUAUCAAGCAUCCCAAAGAAGCUGU